UCAUUGUGAAAUGUGGGAGCGGAACGGGCGGACGGAUGGGUGGAGCCUGGGAGUGUAUUGAUCCCUGUUCUGGGUGUGGCCAAUUGGCGUUGGGCAGGGUGGAUUGGUGCUAGAAGGCCCUCCCACGUCCACACCUUUUCCCCACCAUCCGUUUGAGACCUUAUGGGCCGAACGGCUCAGUCCGGGUCCGGUUAUGUGAUGAGAAGGAGCGGCAAGGAAUAGGAUGUUAGUGCCGGCUGAUAUGCUAGCUGCACAAAGUAAAGUCCUUUACCAGCUGAAUAAGUAUUACGGGGAACGGGUCCAGACGAGGAAGACUACGAUCGCCAAAACGGUCCGUGAGGUGUGCAAAGUAGUUCAAGACGUCCUUCGGGAAGUGGAGGUGCAAGAGCCGAGAUUCAUAUCCUCUCUGACGGAAUGCAACGGCCGGUACGAGGGUCUGGACGUCAUCUCGCCAACCGAGUUCGAAGUCGUUUUGUACCUGAACCAAAUGGGGGUGUUCAAUUUUGUGGACGACGGAUCUUUGCCCGGGUGUGCCGUCCUCAAGCUGAGCGACGGGAGAAAACGGAGCAUGUCCCUUUGGAUCGAGUUCAUCACGGCUUCCGGAUAUCUGUCGGCGAGAAAGAUACGUUCCAGGUUCCAGACGCUGGUCGCUCAGGCGUGUGAUAAGUGCGCUUAUAGAGACUCGGUGAAAAUGAUCGCGGACACGAGUGAAGUCAAACUGAGGAUAAGAGAACGGUACGUCGUUCAGAUAACUCCUUCUUUUAAGUGUUCCGGGGUCUGGCCGAGGUCCGCGGCCCACUGGCCACUGCCUCACAUCCCCUGGCCUCAUCCCAACCUGGUCGCCGAAGUCAAAACGGAAGGAUUUGACCUUCUGAGCAAGGAAUGCGCCGCGAUGCAGGGGAAGCAGUCCGCGAUGGAAGGCGACGCAUGGGUCAUGUCCUUCGUCGAAGUCGAAAGUAGACUUUUAGCCGGAGGCUGCAGGAGACGCUGCCUCAGCCUGCUGAAAACCCUCCGGGACCGGCACCUCGAACUCCCCGGUAACCCCGUCACCGGUUAUCACCUGAAAACCCUUUUACUCUACGAAUGCGAAAAACAUCCUAGGGAGAUGGAAUGGGACGAAUCCUGUCUCGGAGACAGAAUCAGCGGCAUACUCAUGCAGCUCAUUUCCUGCCUGCAGUGUCGGAAAUGCCCCCAUUACUUUCUCCCUCACUUGGACCUUUUCAAAGGGAAAUCGCCGACCGCUUUGGAAAACGCGGCCAAACACGUCUGGAGGCUCACAAGAGAACUGCUCACCAACUCUCGCGCCUUGGACAAAUUAUAAAAAAACGAUUUUUGACAAAACCAAGGAUUUUUUAAAAUAAAACUAGUGAAAAAUUCGUGUUAUGUUUCGCGGGCGGACAAAAUACCGAAGGACUGCUUGUUGGUUUUUUUUACACUUUAUACGAUUUGUGCAAUAUUUCUUUCGUAAUUGUGCUAUGAUUAAGUUUAUAAUUAUUGUAAAUAUUAAAUUAUCUAAGUGUUCAGUCGUGUAAUAAAAUUGUUAAAGCGUUAAAGUGUAUCUUCAAUCAUUCUCCCGGCAACGUCAAGGGACUUCUUUCACCUGAGUAACAAUUUUUAA